AGAACCGAGUUGUCUGCUGCUAGUCUGCCUAUCAUCAUCAUCAUCAUCAUCGGGGUCUGGCUGGCUGUUGUAUUUGCGUCGGAACGGUCCGAGCUAAAAAAAAGUGCUUUGGCUAAAGGAUGUGGGAUUAAAAGAGAAUAAACGGACAACAUACCUCCCUGGUUUUAAUUUGUUUAACGUUACCGUCUCUGCUUCGAAAUGUCGGGGAAAAUAGAGAGUAAGCAAGACUCCCAACGCUCCCAUUUGUCUUCCUUCACCAUGAAGCUUAUGGACAAGUUCCACUCUCCCAAAAUCAAAAGGACACCCUCGAAGAAAGUCAGUAAGCCGCCUUUAGAACAUAGCGUCAAGACUGCGGAGAAACCUGCUAACAAGGGUCUGAGUCGUUUAGAGGAGCAUGAGAAAGACGUGGUCAGUGCAUUGCGUUACUUCAAGACCAUCAUUGACAAGAUGGCGGUGGACAAGAAGGUGCUGGAGAUGUUACCAGGCUCUGCCAGUAAGGUCCUGGAGGCCAUCCUGCCUUUAGUCCAAGUGGAACCAAGGAUCCAGCACAGUUCAGCGGUGUCAUCUUGUCUUAACCGUGUGUACCAGAGUCUGGGCAAUCUCAUUCGCUGGUCUGACCAAGUUAUGCUGGAGGGGGUGAACCUGGAAGAUAAAGAAACCAUCGUUACUGUCACCACUGUGAUCAAGGCAGUGCUCGACGGUGUUAAGGAGCUGGUGAAACUGACCAUCGAGAAACAGGAGCAUCCCUCCCCUACGUCUCCUGUCAAACCAGUGCCACCGGCCGCCCUGACUGAGAGCGCUGCAGAGCCACCUGCCAAAGAGAAGGAGAGUCUGGACAAGAGUUCAGCCACAACCCAAUCUACGGAAGUCUUGACUGAACCCACCGAGGAGGAAGCAGAGGAGGUGGCCCCUCCGAAACCCCCUCUCCCUGGCGUAAAGAUUGCUGAACACAAUCCUCCAGCUCUCCCUCCAAAGAAGCGCCAGUCGGCGCCCUCCCCCACUCGGGUGGCAGUGGUGGCCCCCAUGAGCCACGCCACCAGUGGCUCCGGUCUUCCCAUGGGCACCGGCCUCCACAAGCAGGAGUACGAGGUGGACUCGUUGCAGCGGCGCUUCUCAGGGGGCAGCCAUUCGUACGGAGGGGAGUCGCCGCGCUUGUCGCCCUGCAACAGCAUGGGCAAGCUGAGCAAGUCGGACGAGCAGCUAUCCUGGACAGUGGACAGUGGACAGUGCUCACGCAACACCAGCUGUGAGACUCUGGACACCACAGACCACUACGACCCGGACUACGACUUCCUGCACCAGGACCUGUCCAGCCUGGAACAGAUGCCUCCCCUGCCGGUGGGGGGGUGCCUCAGCCCCCUGCCCGAAUCCCACAGCGAGUCCUCCUCCCCUUCCCCGUGCCCUGGCCCCGGCCCACCACUGGCCCAACCCCACUUCACCCCUGCCUACCCCUCCCCCCAGCCGUCCCUCCAGGGCUCCUCCACGUCCCCCCUCUACUCCCGCAUGACUCCGGCAUUGCCGCCCCCCGCCCUGCCAGAAAAGAAGCGCCGCAGCGGGGCCAGCUCGGGCAUCUCCGACGGCUCCUACUCGGGCUCCUCCUGGCGUGUCUCCUUCGAGCGUCACCCGUCCCAGUAUGACAACCUCAUGGAGGAGGACAUGCCGCCUGUGCCCCCCUUCCCCCUGUUCACGCCUGGCGUCUCGCCCAUGACCCUGUGCCACUCCGCCGAUGGGUUUGUGUCUGAGUUCUGUGCCAGCGAGACGGCAGACGUCCCCCAGAGUCCACCCCCACUCCCCGAGAAGAAGAGCCGCCACAUACUGAAGUACAUGCAGUUUGUGGAGGACUACUCGGAGCCCCAGCCCUCACUCUUCUACCAGACACCUCAGAGCGAGAGCAUCUACGAGCAACGCAACAAGCGCUUCCAGGAAGUCUACAGCUUCAACGACUCGUAUAGCAGCAAUGACUCUGUUCACGAGCCUCUCCCACCCCCGGCACUGCCACCCAAACAGAGGCAGCUGGCCUCCCACUCUGCGUCUCCCUCUUCCUCGUCCUCAUCCUCUCUCUCCUGCCACCUCCAGCAGUCGCAGGCUGCGGUGGUGGAGGAGGUGGGGUCUGCGCUCAGCAUGUCCGUCUCUAACUCCUUCCUGAGCCGCCAGUCCUCCCUGACCACCCCCAUGCAUAAGACAAUUCUCAGGUCCUAUUCUCAGGACUUUGCGCCUCUCUGCCUGUCUUCCAUUCCAUAUCUCCUCUCAUCUGUCUCUUCCCACUCUCCCAUUGUCCACCAAUCGCAGAGCAUGGACCUAGCUGCCCCGGGCACUGGCGGCCCUGACCCUGUGCUGGUGGCCAACGGCUCACUGGACAGCUCUGGUGGCUCUCUUGCAGUCUGCCUUCCCACUGACUCUUCUUUCUCUGACACUCGUCAAACCUCUUUGAGUGAAAGCGCUAAUGAGGAAGUCGGGGAGGGAGAGUACGUCAAUCUGUACUCAUCCAGCCAAGCCAAAGGAGACGGGCCGCUCUCCCGCCGAGACUCAUCCGCCAUAGAUGACUCACUGGAGGACACUGCCUCAGAGAACCCACUGUGCGAGGACACGUGCAAUGACAGCCGAAGGCAAAAGUCCUCAGAAGAAGGGCCAAGUAGCGAGGAGACGGAUGAACUUUCCCUCAUCGAUCACAUGGAGAUCAUGUCCCGGAUAACACUAAAGCAGGAGAGCGACGACGGUCCAGAUGUCCGAGCCGGAUCGGGGGAUAUUUUAUUAGUCCACGCCACAGAAACGGAUCGCAAAGAUCUUGUCUUGUACUGUGAGGCUUUCCUGACGACGUACAGAACAUUUAUAACCCCCGAGGACCUCAUCAAAAAGCUGCACUACAGAUACACCAGAUUUAGUCACAGCCCAGACACCUUCAAGAAGAGAGUCAGCAAAAACACUUUCUUCGUUCUGGUCCGUGUGGUGGACGAGCUGUGUCUGGUGGAGAUGACGGAGGACAUCCUGAAGCAGCUGAUGGACCUGGUGUUCAGGCUGGUGUGUAACGGUGAGCUGAGCCUGGCCCGCGUGCUUCGCAAGAACAUCCUGGACAAGGUGGAGCAGAGGAAGCUGCUGCGCUACACCAACUCCCUUAAACCACUGGCCGCGCGAGGUGUCGCUGCCAGACCGGGGACCCUGCAUGAUUUCCGCAGUCACGAGAUUGCUGACCAGCUAACUCUCCUGGACGCGGAGCUCUUCUACAAAAUUGAGAUCCCUGAGGUGUUGCUUUGGGCUAAGGAGCAGAACGAAGAAAAGAGUCCUAACCUCACACAAUUCACAGAGCACUUUAACAACAUGUCCUACUGGGUACGCUCCAUAAUCAUUCUGCAGGAGAAAGCCCAGGACCGAGAAAAGCUCCUCCUUAAAUUCAUCAAAAUAAUGAAGCACUUACGGAAGCUAAAUAAUUUCAACUCGUAUUUGGCAAUAUUAUCUGCCUUGGAUUCGGCUCCCAUCCGAAGACUGGAAUGGCAGAAAACAACCUCCGAGGGCCUAGAGGAAUACUGCACGUUGAUAGACAGCUCCUCGUCGUUCCGGGCCUACCGAGCGGCACUGGCCGACGUGGAGCCACCAUGUAUACCAUAUCUGGGACUUAUCCUCCAGGACUUAACCUUUGUCCAUCUGGGCAACCCUGACCUCAUCAACGGGAAGGUCAACUUCUCAAAGCGCUGGCAGCAGUUCAAUAUCCUGGACAGCAUGAGGCGCUUCCAGCAAGUGCAUUAUGAUCUGAAACACAACGACGACAUCGUCUCCUUUUUCAAUGACUUCAGCGACCACCUGGCAGAGGAGGCUCUGUGGGAGCUGUCUCUAAAGAUCAAACCUCGGAACAUUACGCGGCGCAAAACAGAGCGCGAAGAGAAGACAUAGGAACUUGUCCCGCUGUGUUGGACCUUUUGGACAUUUUACAAAAUCAUGGAAUUACAGGAGACUACAAACAAGUAGAACUGUGAAGGCAGCUAAAAGACUGUGGAUGAUUUUAUUUUUUUUACUGGACCUCUCAGACUUGGGAUUCUCUGUCUGUGUGUGAGUAAAGCAAGUGAGAGAGACACUGUGCAGUGUUGGAAGGCUCGCAAAAAGAUUCAUCAUGUUCACCUUUGUCACCAACCUCAUCCACCCGAUGCCACAUUAUGGGUAUGGUCCAAGCAUUACAGGAUACGCUAGAGGUUGUCCUCUCACAACCCAAGACAUUGCCCUGACUAAAACCUUAUCAUACUGAUGUGGGCCAUGGGAAACACUGCCCAAUGUCACUCAGUUUAGACUUUUUUUAUACGGGACUCCAGACCCCUUUUUUUGCUGCCACAAACUGUGACGCUGUAUCGCCUGACAUGGCAGAGAACUGCUAUGGGUGGUGCAGAACUUUGAGCAAAGACACUCAAAUCACCUGGGUCUGCUUCUAGACUGGUGGAAAAAUAUAUAUUACUGGUGCACAUAAGACAUCAUUUUGUCAUUAAAAAACAUGUUUUUUUUCAAGGAUGUGUUGUAUGUAUGAUACUGUCUGACUGAUGCAAUGCAGUUUUUGUUUUGUUCUUUAAAAGGAUGUGAAAAUUAUACUUCAGAAAUGCGGAGAAGUGAUACAUGAAGUUCAUAUACAGUGGGGUCCGGAAUUAUUGGAUCCCUUGAUAAAGAUGAGCAAAGAAGACUGUAUAAAAUAAACAAUACAAAUGCUGAACUAUAUUGUAAAUAAAUAUAUUGUGUAUAAAUUGUCUUGGUACUUGGUAAUGCCAUUGACCUUUUAACAAGGGCUCCUGGACCAGGAGUAAAAUAUGGUGGUGUAUUUUUAAAUGACACGCGGCUAUUUUGCUUCCACUAGUCCCGACGCCCUUGUUAAGGUCAACGGCGUCAUUAACUUUACCAAGUACCAGGACAUUUUAGCCAAGAAACCUGGUUGCCUCUGCCAGAAGGCUGAAACUUUUCCGCAGGUGAAUCUUCCAGCAAAACAAUAACCCCAAAGCAUAUAUUAAAAAAUCAUCCAAAAAGAAAUGGUUAAUUGACCACAAAAUCAACAUUUUGAACCUCAUUGAAAACCUGUGGUUUGAAUUGAAGAGGACAGUCUAUAAGCACAGAUGAAGGAUAUCAAGCAUCUGUAAACAUUCAGUAUGGAGGAAUAAUCUAAGAUCCCUCCGAAUGUGUUCUCCAAUCUCAUAAAACAUUUUAGAAAAAGGCUUUGUCGUUGUCCUGGCUAGGGGAGGGUUGCUGGAGAAUUGAAAACAGGAUCUAAUACAUUUUAUCAUUUUUUAAUUUAUUUAAUUUAUUUUAAACAAUCUUUCUCUGAAAUUGUAUUAGUAUAAAAUAUUUAUUUUUGCAUUUUUUUGUCUUUUUUGCAUAUCUUUAUCAAGGGAUCCAAUAAUUCCAGACCCCACUUUACUUGCACUUAAAAAUUAAAUGAACAAAAAAAGUGAUGUGAUGUAUGUGUCAUAGCAGUGAACAUUAGAAACAUUACAGCAAUCAGAAGUGGACCUGGUCACCCAUCCCUCUACUGUUUAAUCUGGAUGGUGAAUGAAGGCCUUUUAUACAGAACAAAAAUAUAAACGCAACAUGUAUAGUGUUGGUUUCAUGACCUGAAAUAAAAGAUCCCAGAAAUUUUC